AUGGUUAUGUCUAGGGUUUUCUUUUCCGAUCUCAAAUCUGGUCGUUGCUCCUCAACCGUCGAGGUCCGCCUGCUUCAGUUCUGGGAGGCACGGAAUCCACGCCGUGGAGGGGAGUUGAUGUGGAUCGAUAUGCUAAUGGUCGAUGUCAACAAAAAACUGUUUCAUUCCUUUUCCAGUAAUGAAUCUGUCACUUUGAGUCUCUUCGAUGCCGAAGCUGUAGCUUUCCACCACAGGCUUGACAAUAUGUGUAUUGAUCCAAAGGUCAUUGUUGCUACCGCCAUCAAUCCCAAAAUGGUCGGAGGCCAUCUAUACCUCAAUGCAACCUCUGGAACACACUUAUAUUUUGACAAGGAGACCAGUCCAGGGGAUUUGGUGGCCAGAGACACUGGACUCCCACCUGUUGCACCCUCGCUGAAAGGAUAUGCUAAAGUGGAGACACUAACUAUCACUGAGCUCAAUACCUUCAUCAUCACGGCACCCUCACAGGCUAUUGACUUCCUAUGCACUGGAGAAGUGAGACGCGUUGAGUCAGAGAAAGGGUGGUGUUAUGUGGCAUGUUCCAAGUGCUCCAAGAAACUGCAACGUACAGUCAAUUCUUUCACGUGUGAAAGAUGUGUGAAUAGCCAUGCUGUUGGUUCCCUCCGCUACCGAGUUGAGAUGGCCAUUGCUGAUGACACAGCAGAAGGGAUGUUUGUUUGUUUUGAUGGUGUGAUGACAAAGUUGCAUGGUCUGAAAGCAAGUGAAGCUGGUCAGAUGCUGGCUGGAGAUGGUGUGAAUCCUGAAGACACAAAUGUUCCUCCCUUUAUUUCAGAAAUGGAAGGGAAAACAUACACCUUCCAAGUUAGGGUGAGUGAGUAUAAUUUCCGUGUGAACCACCAGACCUUUACCAUCACGCGCAUCCUGAAGAAUGAUGAUCGCCACCCGGUUCCCGACUUUGUGGAGAACGGAGGUGACAGUGAUGAUGGGAACGAUGGUGCAGGUGGUAAACAAAUCUCGGCUAAUCCUGGGGACUGCGGUGGCCGCCUUGGUGAUACAAUUGCCGUUGUCUCUUCUCCUCCCGGUGAUACUCCUGAUGAUUACCCGAGUUCCUCUUCGACUGUUGGGAAGAAAGCACGUCUCGAGUAA